AUGCCGUUUUCUCCUGCGCAACUGCUGGGAUUUGUUCUUCUGGUGACGGUUUCCUGUAGUAUAGCACUACCAUCGUUUGAUAUCAGUGAAAUACACAGCGUUAAGCAGUUGGCCAAAUCUUGGACAUACAACUUUCAACGCUACAACACAACUUUGAAGCACGAGUUCGAGUUGCGACCAAUUUGGGAAGACGUUUCCAUAUGGUGCUUUAACCGAAAAUCAGACAAAUUUCGCCUAACCUCCAGCGACUUUGUUGACUUCAGUGAGGUGCUCCAGGAAAACCGUUCCACCGUACUGUUCGUUCAUGGAUGGCUGCAGAGCAAACGGCAAUUUGCCGAAGGUGCGAAACGGUUAGCUAUGGCUGUGCCGAACCGCAACUAUUGUCUGGUCGAUUUUGAAACACUCGCCACUGUGGAAUUGCAGCUGUUCAUUAACCAAAUCGCGCCACGCAUUGCCACCUAUCUGGCCGGCUUCGUACAAAGCCUUGGUGCCAUCGACAUACCACCGGAACAAGUCACGCUCGUCGGUGAAGGUGUUACGGCCCAUCUUGUCGCACAAGCCGGGCACAUACUCGCGGGACAUCUUGGUUCUAUCAUCGGGUUGGAUCCGUUGGGACCAUUCUACACCGUCGGACCGUUGCUCCAGCGUUCGCGCACCACGCUGGACACUUCCGAUGCACGGUUCGUGCAGGUGUGGUACAGUUCCAUCGGUCAGCUCGGUUCACCCAUUCCGUUGGGACAUCAGAACAUCUACGUUAACGGUGGGCUCCAUCCUCAACCUCCAUGUGCCUGCUUCACGAAGGUGUUUGGUGCAACGAACCUGUUAACGCAGCUGUGCAGUCAUUACUUUGUGGUGGAAGUAUUUAAAGCUACGCUCGAUCCUGCCACUGACCUACGCGCUACGAAAUGCCACAGCUACAAGCACUUUCUCACCGGUCGCUGCACGAUUCAUCCCACGACACGUGCCACCGGCGAUGGAACCGAUGCCGGCAAUUUCUAUCUCCAAACGUCCUGCCAACCACCGUACCUUUAA